CAGCAGCUCCUUCCUGUCGGCGUAGCGGCGAACAGGAAGAGCGAUGCUGAUGUCGAAGUGACGCAAAGGUCAAAAUCUCUCUCUCACAGCCAUCUUGGACCCCGAGCCCAGACCUACUAAGAAUGCCAGGUGAAGCCACAGAAACUGUCCCAGUGACAGAACAGGAGAUGCAGCAGCCCCAAGUGGAGACGGCCACACCAGCUGUCCCUGCUGCUGCAGCUCCUGCUGCCUCCCAGCCAAAGGCUAAAGGGUCUAAGGCUGACUCCUCUCCGCAUGCUUCUGCCCCUAAACCUGUGCCUGUGGGCAGAAGGAAGCGCUCCUCCCUCUCAGCCUCUUCCUCUUCCCCCACAUCCCCAAAAUCAGCUUCUGGUCCUAGAGCCACCCCACCGUGUUCCCCACUCGCAUCUCCUCCAGCUGACUCUGCUGGUGCAGGAAAAGCUGAGACAACUGCUCCUAAGGUUGUAAAGGCUGGUAAACAGGCAAAACCCAAGAAAGGAGAUGCUUUCAAACUUGCUGAACCUCAGCAGGUAGCCCCAGCACCCCCUGCACCAGAGCCUAAACCAGAGGCAGCUAAACCUGCUGCUAGUCUAGGGGCCACUUCCUCAACUUCACUUUCUCCAUCAGUGGAGAAUGCACCCCCUGCCCCAGCUUCCCCUAAAGCUGCUGCUCCAACUCCAGCAAAGGCAAAGCCAGAAAAAGUUGCCACACCUGCCCCUGCCUCCCCUAAAGCUGCUGCUCCAACUCCAGUAGAGGCAAAGCCAGCAAAAGGAGCCUCACCUGCCCCUGCCUCCCCUAAAGCUGCUGCUCCAACUCCAGUAGAGGCAAAGCCAGCAAAAGGAGCCUCACCUGCCCCUGCCUCCCCUAAAGCUGCUGCUCCAUCUCCAGUAGAGGCAAAGCCAGCAAAAGGUGCACCACCUGCACCUGCCCCUGCCUCCCCUAAAGCUGCUGCUCCAACUCCAGUAGAGGCAAAGCCAGCAAAAGGUGCCUCACCUGCACCUGCCUUCCCUAAAGCUGCUGCUCCAACUCCAGUAGAGGCAAAGCCAGCAAAAGGUGCACCCCCUGCCCCUGCCUCCCCUAAAGCUGCUGCUCCAACCCCAGUAGAGGCAAAGCCAGCAAAAGGUGCAUCACCUGCCCCUGCCUCCCCUAAAGCUGCUGCUCCAACCCCAGUAGAGGCAAAGCCAGCAAAAGGUGCACCACCUGCCCCUGCCUCCCCUAAAGUUGAUAUCCCAGCCCCAAUUGAGGCACAGCCAGUGAAAGGUACAUUGGCCUCCCCUGCCUCCCCUAAAGCUGAUGUCCCAGUGGAGGCAAAUCAAGUGAAGGGUGCAUCAGUUGCUCCAACCCCACCAAAGGUUGCUGUGACAGCUCCAGUGGAAGCAAAACCAGUGGAGGGUGCAUCUCCUGCACCAAAAUCUAAUGCUGCUGUGCCCCCUGUAGCUUUUAAAGUAGCUUCCAAACCUAAUGCCCCAGCACCAAAAUCAUAUUCAGAAGUUGUGGCAUGUGGUCCUCCAAAGGUACCAGAGGUACCAAAGGUAGUCUCUGAGGCUCAUAAAGUGUCUGAAACCCCCAAAACAGUCCCAGCAACUGUUCCAGAAACCGUGAAGGUUGCUGAAGUGCCUGCAGCCCCUGCUGCUUCUUCUAAGGCUAAGGCAGAGGCUCCCAAAAAGAAGCCAGAGGUGACUCCUGCUGUUGUAGCAGCACCACCUCCUCAGGUCACUCCAGCUCAAGAGGAGGAGGAUGAUGACCUGCCCCCACUCAUUCCGCCUGAGAAACCUUUAACAAUGCCUGUUUUCCAACCACAACCUGUGGCUGUAGCUCCACCUAAAGUAGCCCCUGUAAUUACCUCUGUUGCGCCCCCAGCUGCCCCAAAAGCCCCCACUACAGCCACUAAAGUUCAGCCUACCCCUGCCCCUACAGCAGUCAAAACCCCAUCCAAACCGGAACCAGCAAUCAAGAACGACAAGGGGUCCGGCACCGAAUCCGACAGUGAUGAGUCUGUUCCUGAACUGGAGGAGCAGGAUUCUGCACAGACACAGACACAGCAGGCACAGCUUGCAGCUGCUGCUGAAAUCGACGAGGAGCCUGUUAGCAAAGCCAAACAAAGCAGAAGCGAAAAGAAAGCAAGAAAGGCAAUGUCCAAACUGGGUCUCAGACAAGUGACAGGAGUUACCAGGGUCACCAUUCGCAAGUCUAAGAACAUUCUGUUUGUCAUCACCAAACCAGACGUAUACAAAAGUCCCGCUUCAGACACUUACAUUGUCUUUGGUGAGGCUAAGAUCGAGGACCUGUCCCAGCAAGCACAGUUGGCUGCUGCAGAGAAGUUCAAGGUCCAGGGAGAAGCAGCUUCAAACAUCCAAGAAAACACACAGACGCCCACAGUACAGGAGGAGAGCGAAGAGGAAGAGGUUGAUGAGACCGGAGUGGAGGUUAAGGACAUUGAGCUUGUCAUGUCACAAGCCAAUGUGUCACGAGCAAAGGCUGUACGCGCACUGAAGAAUAACAACAAUGAUAUUGUCAAUGCCAUCAUGGAAUUAACGAUGUAGGUGGAGAUCAGAACGGGUCAAAAUGGGAUGUUGCUGAAUUAAUCUACACUAUUUGUACAAUUUAUACCCGAGAAAAAUAAAGUUGUGGCUUGAA